CCUGUGGUCCUCUCUCUCAGGAUGCGGAUGUCUAUCCCUAUAAAAGGCAUGUGUGUGCCCUGACAGGGUUUCAUUCCAGCCAUGGAGAGUCAGAGAGUCCUGUCGUCUUACAGGAAGCGUUUCGGGCCCCAGGGGGCCGGCAYUGUGGGUGGGGGCGUGCGGCUCAGCAGUCUCUCCUCCAGCCGCUUCUCCCUCCAUGGGAGCCCCCGCCACCUGACCCACUCCAGCACCAUUUCCCGUCUCUCCCUGGGGUCGGCUGGAGGGGCCCUGCUCCUGGGGACCCCUGGGAACCGGCUGGACUUCUCGGCUGACUCACUCCUCAAGGCCCAGUACCGGGAGACWCGCACCAACGAGAAGGUGGAGAUGAUGGGUCUGAACGACCGCUUCGCCAGCUUUAUAGAGAAGGUGCGCUUCCUGGAGCAGCAGAACACGGUGCUGGUGACGGAGCUGAACCAACUGAGGGGGAAGGAGCCCAGCCGUCUGGGGGACAUCUUCCAGGAGGAGCUGAMGGAGCUGCGCAGGCAGGUGGAUGGACUCAGCGCUGGGAAGGCCCGGCUGGAGAUAGAGAGGGACAACAUGGCUGCUGACGUGGCCACGCUCAAACAGAGACUGCAAGAUGAGAUGGUUCUUAGACAGGAUGCAGAGGGCAACUUGAACGCCUUUAGACAGGACGUGGAUGAGGCGUCUCUGAACCGUGUCCAGUUGGAGAGGAAGAUAGACGCGCUGCAGGAUGAGAUUGCCUUCCUCAAGAAGAUCCACGAGGAGGAGCUGCGUGAGCUGCAGGAGCAGCUGAUGGCCCAGCAUGUCCAUGUGGAUGUGGAUGUGUCCAAGCCAGACCUGACCGCUGCUCUGAGGGACAUCCGGGUCCAAUAUGAGUCCGUGGCCUCCUCGAACAUUCAGGAGACGGAGGAGUGGUACCGCUCCAAGGUCAUAUCAGAAAGCUUGGGCUAUUGCACAUACAUGUACCCACAUUACUGUACAGGCACAGGCAGACACACUACCAUACAGAUAAACAUGCAUACAGCCUGGUGUUGCACAAUGCACACAUUGACAACACACUAUAAGAUGCAGACUUUUAAACUGUCCUGUCUCUCCUUUUGUUGUUAUGCACAGUUUACRGACUUGACUGACGCAGCUACUCGGAAUGCAGARGCCUUGCGAUUGGCCAAACAGGAGGGCAACGAGUACCGKCGGCAYCUCCAGGCCAUGACCUGUGARGUGGAGGCGCUCCGUGGAACAAACGAGUCUCUGGAGCAGCAGCUGCGCGAGAUGGAGGACCGUUUCUCCGUGGAGACUGCUGGUUACCAGGAUACGGRGGGUCAUCUGGAGGAGGAGAUCCAGACUCUGAAGGAAGGGAUGGCCAGACACCUGCAGGAGUACCAGGAACUGCUCAACGUCAAACUGGCCCUGGACAUAGAGAUCGCUACCUACAGGAAGCUGCUGGAGGGAGAGGAGAGCAGGAUCACUGUUCCAAUGCAGAGCUUCUCCAACCUGCAGUUCAGAGAGACCAGUAUGGACACUAAGUUCUCUCCAGAGGCCCAUGUCAAGAGGAGCAUCAUAGUGCGGACUGUGGAGACUAGAGACGGGGAGAUCAUUAAGGAGUCUACAGCUGAGAGGAAGGAGAUUCCUGAUAGUCCUUAAAGGACUCAAAUGGUGCUAGCUAUAUGUCUGUCAUACUGUCCCCACUCCCCAGUAACGCUUAGAGGCCUUGCAUGAUAAUGAUACCCUUUCCUGACCAGGCACCUCCCUCUUCUCCAAACCUCAAAGUCCCCCCAGUUGCAACCACCUCACCAUCCCCUUCCUCCCCUCUUCAUCAUCACCCCCAGACCAUGCUACAUCAUUAAAUACUUAGGAGUUGCAUUUUGUUGAAA